UCUUGAACUCAUCUACAGAAGCAAGUAAAAGUUCUCCUGAUUUCUGUCUUAUUUUGAGUUGUUUGUCAAGACCUUCUGUCACUCCCGCCCUGAGACCCUUCAAAUGUACACCGUCUUUUCCAAACAUGCCAUUUCCGAGAGCUAUAACAGGCAAUUCAUUCUUGUCGUAUUUGAAAGGUUGGGGCUUCCAAAGCUUCUUGGCGUUCUUUGUCUGCUGGGGAACUUCUUUGUCUUUUUUUUUCACUUCUUUUUCUCUCCUCUUCUCUCUUUUCUUCCUCUUCUUCCUCUUCUUCCUCUUCUUCUUUGUGUUCUUUCUUUUGGCCUUAUUGUAUUUUUUUUUCCACCAUUAAUGAGGACAUUGGCCAUUUCUUGUCUGGCCCUUU